UCAUUUCAUAAACACCGUACCAUGUCAUCAGAGUUACGGUAUACCGCCAACACACAGCUGGAACAGCUGCACGCAAGAUACACCGGUACUGGACAUGCUGACACCACAAAAUAUGAAUGGCUUACACACCAACACCGUGAUACCCUUGCAUCCAUCGUCGGCCAUCCCCCUCUUUUGGCGUAUUUGUCAGUCGCAGACGGCGAAUGUCAGGCAAGAGAAAGAUUUGAAGUAACGGAGAAAAUGUUACAACCCUGUGGGAAACCGCCAGGGAAGACAGAGGAGUAGUCCAGAUUGGGCGGAAAUUCUGACAAACGAAGUGAAGCAACAUGUUGUAUGAUCAGCAGUAUAGAAUAUGAAAGCCCGAUGACUAUCGAUUGGCAAAGCGUCCGCCAUUUGUAUCGUUCUGUAGGCUUGGUCUUGAUACGGGCGUGCCAAGUGUUUUAUGGACACAUGAGAAGUGCCCGUAUUUAAAGAACUAGCCUUUGGGUAGCAAUGUACUACUUUUCAACAACCUACGUUCAGAUCUUUCUCCCUCUGAGAUGGAACGAUGAUCCUUCUCCUCCUCUAUAAAGAGCCAUGAGUCUGGCUAGUUAACCAAAACAAUCUUAAGUGAUAAUAAGCAACCAUAUCAGCAUUUAUCAUCUGCCAUAUUAUAUGACGGACUGUUACGCUGUCUGCCACAGCAAUAACUAUGAGCAUGCUGUAAGUAGCGGUAACUGCAUGCAUGCAGCCGCGAGCUGCGAGUUGUUGUCUCAUUCUUUUUUCUCUUCGCCGAACAUUUUUGUACCUUUAUUUAAUAUUUUCCUUCGAGGUAUCACGUCAAUAUACCACAGCACAAUCUUGUUGUUAAAGAUGCAUUGAAGCAAUCCCGUAUCUCUUGCGUUGCUGUCCGCCUUUUCUGAGCGGGAUGUGCAUGGUAAGAUGUGAAUGCUCUUGCGUGCUAUCCAACCACGACGAAACGUCUUACCUUCGCAAGAAGGUUGUCAUUUCGCUCGUAAUAUGAAAGGAAUGGAUCUUGUUAAUACGUG